CACUUCCUUCCUUUUAACCCAACACCCUUCUUCAAAGACUCAAUCUUUCUCCUUCUUUGGCAUGAAACAUGGCCAAGACCAUAAUGGGAAACAUGGGAUAUUUUUUUACAAACUAUCUUCUAGUUCUAACAAUGAUGUUCUCAGCAAAUGCUCAAUUUGCUAAGAAGACUUACCUCGUUCAAAUGGAUAAGCCAGUAAUGCCAAAAGCCUUCACCAACCACCUUGAAUGGUAUUCAUCAAAGCUGAAAUCGGCACUGUCCACAUCUCCAGAAGCUGAUGCGGACAGUGAGAAGAGAAUUAUCUACACUUACCAGAAUGCUUUUCAUGGUGUUGCAGCUAAGUUGACUGAAGGAGAAGCUAAGAAGCUAGAGGCUGAAGAAGGAGUUGUGGCCAUAUUCCCAGAUACAAAGUAUGAGCUACACACUACAAGAAGUCCUGCAUUCCUCGGGCUUCAACCACAAAAAGCCCCUAACGUGUGGUCAGAAAAGCUUUCUGGCCGUGAUGUUAUAGUGGGAGUGUUAGAUACUGGGAUUUGGCCAGAGAGUGAAAGCUUCAAAGAUAUAAGCAUGGGUCCAGUACCUGCUCAUUGGAAAGGUGCCUGUGAGAUUGGAACAGGAUUCACAAAAAGUCACUGCAAUAAAAAGGUUGUGGGGGCAAGAGUGUUCUACCAUGGAUAUGAAGCAGCAAUUGGUAGAAUUAAUGAGCAGAAGGAGUACAAAUCACCAAGAGAUCAAGAUGGGCAUGGCACUCACACAGCAGCUACAGUUGGUGGCUCUCCUGUGCUUGGGGCUAACCUUCUUGGUUAUGCUAAUGGCACAGCAAGAGGAAUGGCACCAGGUGCAAGGAUUGCAGCUUACAAAGUGUGUUGGAUUGGUGGGUGCUUUAGCUCAGAUAUUGUGUCAGCUAUUGAUAAAGCUGUGGCUGAUGGAGUGGAUAUUCUUUCCAUCUCUUUGGGUGGUGGAGUCUCCUCUUAUUACCGUGAUAGUUUAUCUGUUGCUGCAUUUGGAGCAAUGGAGAAGGGUGUUUUUGUUUCAUGUUCUGCAGGAAAUGCAGGACCUGAUCCUGCCAGCCUCACCAAUGUUUCACCAUGGAUCACCACAGUUGGAGCCAGCACAAUGGAUAGAGAUUUUCCAGCAGAAGUUAAGCUUGGAAAUGGUAAGAUAGUGACUGGAGUUUCACUCUACAAAGGGCAAAGUGUGCUUUCAAUUGAGAAACAAUACCCUUUGGUGUACUUGGGGAGCAACUCUAGCAGGGUUGAUCCAAGAUCCAUGUGCUUGGAAGGGACUAUGGAUCCUAAAGUGGUUUCAGGAAAGAUAGUUAUAUGUGAUAGAGGCCUUAGUCCUAGAGUGCAGAAGGGUCAUGUGGUGAGAAGUGCAGGAGGGGUGGGAAUGAUUCUCACAAAUACUGAAGCUAAUGGAGAAGAACUAGUUGCUGAUUGCCAUCUCCUUCCAGCAGUUGCAAUAGGAGAAAAAGAAGGAAAAGAUCUCAAAAGUUAUGUCCUAUCUAGUCAAAGUGCUACUGCAACUCUAGCUUUUAAAGGUACGAGGUUGGGAAUAAGGCCAUCUCCUGUAGUGGCAGCAUUUUCAUCAAGAGGGCCAAAUUUUCUCAGCCUUGAAAUUCUGAAGCCUGAUUUAGUAGCUCCUGGGGUGAACAUUCUUGCUGCUUGGAGUGAGGCCAUUGGUCCAUCAGGUUUGAAAGUGGACAACAGGAGAGAGAAGUUCAAUAUACUCUCUGGAACCUCAAUGUCAUGCCCACAUGUGAGUGGUGUAGCAGCCUUUCUCAAAGCCAGGCACCCUGAGUGGAGCCCUGCUGCUAUAAAAUCUGCUUUGAUGACAACUGCUUAUGUUCUUGACAACACCAAAAAAACUCUCACAGAUGCCUCAACUGCUAAACCUUCAAGUCCUUAUGAUCAUGGUUCUGGACACAUUGACCCUAUCAGAGCUCUGGACCCUGGUUUGGUAUAUGACAUAGAGCCACAGGACUACUUUGAAUUCCUAUGCACACAGAAUCUGACUCCAACCCAACUACAAGUUUUUGCCAAAUAUUCCAACAGAUCUUGCAAACACUCUCUUGCGAGUCCAGGGGACUUGAACUACCCAGCCAUAUCAUCAAUCUUUACCCAGAAAACAGCCACUUCAUUCUCUAGACCUGUGAUUGUUCACAGAACUGUCACCAAUGUUGGCCCACCUGAUUCCAAAUACCAAGUUGUGAUCUCACCAUUCGAAGGUGCUUCUGUCAAAGUUGAGCCAGAAACUCUAAAUUUCACAAAAGAACACCAAAAGCUGUCUUACAAGAUUACAUUCACGCCAAGGGUUCGGCAAACAUCUCCUGAAUUUGGAAGUCUGGUAUGGAAGAAUGGUUUGCACACUGUGAGAAGCCCCAUUGUGAUAACAUGGCUGGCACCACCAAUGUGAAUUUCAACCAGACUACUUACAAGUUCAGUAGUGCUUCUUUGUUGCAAUAAGAGAAUCUUCUGUACUAGGAAUUAGAAGUUCAUCCUUUUGUAUUACCAGAAAAGUUAUUAUUUUAGUAUUCUAUCCUAUGUUCCUGUUCCUCCACCUUCGACUGAACCAACAUCUUCUUCAUUCACGUAUAA